CAGAAGAGGGAGAAGGAGAAACUGAUGGUUGUGUGACGUUAUUCUGCGCUCAAAAUAGUCGUGUUCACGAUUUAACAUCUGCGCCCCAUCUAAGACAUUGCUUAUCUGCACAAACCACCGUCUGUGGGGGGCAGUUAUAAACACCAAGAGAAAAGAAGUCGAUACCUGGCUUCUGGGACAGCCGUGGGCCGGGAGGAUUGAUGUUCGGCUCGGCUUCUCGGUACAGCCCCGAUUUCCGGCACAUGAAAACGCCAAACCUCGCAGGACUGACGCCAUCAGAGAGAAGUGGAUUACGACCAACUUCGAGGACCUGGAGCCCCGUCGGAGAGGAGAAGUUAAGGGGAAAGGAAUCCAACAGGUUGUGCUUCUCGACGGCUAAGAGGUGACAUCUGGAAUCAGAGAACGAUGGGUGGCGGUGAGAGAUACAACAUUCCAGUUCCCCACCUUGAACGGGGCAUGCUGAUGAAGAACCAGCAGCUGAUCGUCAGCAAACAGCGAAACAAGGAUCAGAACGCAGCGGCCGCAAGGGCGGGUCACGCCAAGAGGGGGGAGAGGGGCCAGAGCGGCUCCCCCCGGGCUCCAGACGCGCGGCAGGCCGCGCAGAUGGACAGGAACACUGUGGGCUUUGCCUCUUGCAACCAGAACUGGGAUGCUGCCAUGUCCCAGUUCAACACCCUGCUGAAGUCCCAGUGUAGCCAGAAUUAUGCCGGCGCAAAGUUCAGCGAGCCACCGUCACCAAGUGUUCUUCCAAAACCGCCCAGCCACUGGGUGUCUGUUCCCUUGGCGCCUUUUGAUCACAGAGAAAUUAUGACCUUCCAGCUUAAAAGUCUUCUCAAGGUUCAGGCCUGAGGAGCAGAUGUUUAAUUGAAAUGAGGAUGUUUCCACUGUGUUUUCCUGCCUGUAAGUUUAAAGUGCUUUUUUUACCAUGUUUUGCUGGGUGUGAAGGGUUGUAGAGCACAUUAUAACUGCAGGCAUGUGUACAAUAACAGCAGCACCACUUUACUGGCAGGUUAACAAUGUGGAAAGGUCAGUUUGGAUGCUCAACUGGACUUGUUACGUUUUUGCUGUAGUUUUUUAUUUUUAUUUUCUCCAAUUGGCUACACUUGACAGGGAGCAGGGUCAGCUUCCGAACCAAUACCUUUGAAGUUUGACCGCCAUUUGUUUACACUGGUGUUUUCCAACACCUUUUUGAAGCAAAUGUCUAGAGCAAAAACCUAGCAGGUCUGUCCUUUUGAUUUGUACAGGGCUCAAAAUUAAUCGGUUUUUCUUUGCUAACAGGAGCCACUUGAUGAUCUUCUGUAUGGUGCAGAGAACCUACAGAUUGUAGAAGAAUUUGCUGUAAUAUGCACAAAUUACACUUUAAAGCUCUUAAACUGACGUCUUUAACUAGCCUUGCUCUAGUUUGAGGACUGUGUAACGCAACUCUUGUACUUUUAAUGCGCUGUGCGCACUGCACUAUAGGAGUUGUGUAUAAAUACAGGUCUGUAAGCUUCUUGCAAUAGAAUAUUUAGGUCUUUACAUUGUUUAUGCAUUAGUCAGCUUGUUUACCAAAGCAAAGGUUUUGUCCCUGUAAGAUUGUUUAAAGUGCCAUAUUAACUGGAUCAGAUCUGACUUUAUGGUUAUAGUCAUUUACUGCAUUGAAGCGUACUAUGCUUUUUACUUUGUCUUAAAUAGACAGCAGUAUGAGGACACUGUAUUACUGAAAUUAAGCAAAUGAGUGUCAACCCAUUUGAUUACAGGAUCUUGCUUGCUUUCACUUUUUUGACCCCCUUUGUUUGCAGGAUCUUGUUUGCUCUCCUUUUUUGUGAAGAAGGAAUGCCUGACGUGGUACAGAGGACUUAAGGCGUUGGGUGUGUUAAUACAGCACUUCUCGUUUACAUGAAAAGGUCUCAAGGUGGCUUGCCAGUGUACUGAUUUUUUUCACUGCCUUGGACUUACUGUACUACUUGCACUGGUAUGACAUUGUGUACAUAGGCUGAUAGGGCAUAUGGCCCCUCGACAGUUGCAUAGUUUCUCAUACUGUACACUUCUGAUAACUUUUUUUAAUUUUGAGCCUUGUAAUCCCAUUCGUUCGAAGAUGGCUUUUCUGUGCAAGAUGGUAGCUAUUAUGGCUGUAAAAAUGUAAGCCUGAUUUGAAAGAGCCAUGUAAAUAAUGACAUGUAAAACUUGUAGCAUAUAUUUUGCAGGAGUUUUUACCUGCUGGAUAAAGUAUUUUUAGUAAGAACACUGAAUGUAAAAGUCAUGCAAUGGACAUGACUUGUUAAAUGCAGAAGCUAUUUUGUUAAGAAAAAAGAAAAAAAUGUAAUGAGCACACGUGUCUGCCCCGUUUGGUGUCACCAAUGAUCUUGCACAUAAUGUUUUUAGUUUUUGAAAUGUUUUGUGUUGCGUUCAGUACUAAAAAAUGCUUUUAUUUAAGUACAUUUUUAAUGAAAAUGAGUUUAGAACAUUUUUGCAUGUAUGAAGUAAUUAAGGAAACCCUAUUUCCAGUCCUUGAAAUUCUAUUGCAUUGUGUUUUCAUAUAGCCAACAUCUUAAACUGAUUAGGGAAUCGGUUCUGCUGUGGGGUGGGUGGGUGGGAAGGGUUGUGAAAUGUGAAAUGGGUGAUGAUUUAAUGCAGGGCUUUUCAUUCCUGGUUUCUGGGUGACUUAUGGUAUUGUAACUGACCUCUUUCUAGCUUACUCUGUCACUGGAUCCAGGUUCUUUCAAAAGAAUGUUAGUAACUGGAAAUCAACAACAAUUUAAAGUGCUUCAAACAAACAACUGUGCUCCCAGAACCCAGAUUGACUUCCCUGACAAACAGUUACAGUACCUCUGUUCCGUUGCUGAAUUAUGUCACGGUACUUAUUCAAGUCAGGUGUGUUUAAGACCUGUGUAGGAAUGUGCUACUUGACUACCUCUUCACCAGUGUCUCUUUGAAUAGGCAACUGCCAAAGUUAACUGUUUGGUUACCAGCAUUACUCCUUGCUUGUGGUGAAAACUAGUUGCAUGGAGGCCUGUUGCACUUAUCUCUGCUUUUGUUCUCAGGGCCUCCAUGGUACAGUGUUUUCAUCUUAAAUUCACUUUGUGGUUGCUAAGGGCAGAUUAACAUUGUAGAAUAGUGUUGUUGAAGUUGUUCUUAAUAUUCAUGUUUUAAUUUGAUCGGUCUGUACAUGCAAAAAUCUUCUAAAGCUCAUCUGAAGCGCACAUGUUAAAAGUUCCAGGAUGAAUUAAUUGGCUGCUAAUUAAUUUCCCUUCUGUUCAUUCCCGCAUCGGUAAAAAGUUGGACCCAAGAAACAAAUCAGUCUUUAAAAUUGUAAACCUUAAGAUAUUGCACUAUUAAUGAAUUUGGCCGCUAAAAUAAAAUUUCCUUUCCUUGUCCCCCCCAA